AUGCUUUCAAGGGCGGCACGACCGGCUCUGCGAGCUGGAGCUGCGGCUAUUCCUGCUCGCACCGCCAAUGCAGCCGGCUAUGCCACUCUCCGAGAAAUCGAGGGCCGACUGAAGUCGAUUCGCAACAUCGAAAAGAUCACCAAGACCAUGAAGAUUGUGGCCUCAACCAAACUCACCCGCGCCCAACGAGCCAUGAGCGAUGCGGGAAAGUACGGCAAGGCUUCCAACGAGGUCUAUGAGUCGGCCGAGACCAAACCCCUCGAGGGCGAGGACAAGAAGACGCUGUACAUUGUCUGCAGUUCCGACAAGGGUCUCUGCGGUGGUGUGCAUUCCGGUCUUUCGCGAUACAUCCGACGUACCCUCGGACCCGGCAAGCCCGCUGCUGAACUCGUCGUCAUCGGCGAGAAGGCCCGCGCACAGCUCACCCGUACCAACGGUCAGGAUAUUGUGCUCAGCUUUGCUGGUGUGGGCAGAGAUGUCCCUACCUUUUCCGACGCUCAGGCAAUCGCCGACCAGGUCGUUCAACUGCCCAACGAGUACUCGGAUAUCAAGAUUCUCUACAACAAGUUCAUUAACGCUACCGCCUACGAGCCCACCAUUAUUGAGGCCUACUCCGAGGACGCUAUUACCGCUUCGCCUAACUUCUCUGCCUUUGAGGUUGAUGAGGAGCUGAUCUCCAACAUGCGCGAGUACGGUCUGGCCAACUCUCUCUACUGGGCUCUUGCUGAGGGACAUGCCUGCGAAAUUUCUGCUCGUCGUAACGCCAUGGACAACGCCUCCAAGAACGCCGGUGAGAUGAUCAACAAGUACCAGAUUCUCUUCAACCGAACCCGUCAAGCCGUCAUUACCGGAGAGCUGGUCGAAAUCAUCACUGGUGCCACUGCUUCGGAGGAUAUGUAA